CACGAAUCGGCGCCCGCUUGGUCCCGUGCACCAACUCCAAGUGGAGCACUGCAAAGUGCAAACUCCGCGCGAGGGGACGCCCCCGACCGAAGUUGGCUGGACGGCAAGAACGAUAAAAGACGACAGCAACCACAGAAGAGAUGGAACACCUCAACAACCUCUUCCAGGCCGCCGCCGCCGGGGCCGGCGCCGGGGCCGACGGCGGCGGCGCCGGUGCCGGGGCCGACGACACCGGCAACAACAAUAACAGCAAUAACAGCAACAACACCCCCAACAAUAACGCAAACAACGGCAACGCCGCGCCGCCGCGGCCGCCGCGCUCGGACUUCGCGCGCGAGGCCUACGCCGCCGCGUUCCAGCACGAGAUGAUGAACGCGUUCGGCCUCGGCGAGCAGUUCGUCGCGAGCCGCGUCGCGGCCACGUCCCGCGAGGCCGCCCCGGAGCAGCGGACGGGCCCGCCGCCCAUGGACGAGGCCGCGCUCCGCGACCUGCCCGUCGUCCGGGCCACCGAGGAGGACCUCGCCAAGGACGGCAACCGCGAGUGCUGCGUCUGCUUGGAGGCCCAGGAGGUCGGCGACCGGGCCACGAAGCUCCCCUGCGGCCACCUCUUCCACACGGAAUGCGUCGUCCAGUGGCUCCGCAAGCACGGCACGUGCCCGAGCUGCCGCUACGAGCUCGCGUCGUCGGACGCGGCCUUCGAGGCGUCGCGGCGCGAGCGCAUGGCGCGGCGCGUGCCGCGGUACCGCCGGCGCGAGCUGAAUCGAUUACCUGUGCGCGAGCUGCGCGCGCUCGCGGCGCGCGGCGACCGCGUCUUCGCGGGCCUCACCGAGAAGGCGGAUCUGGUGAAGGCCCUUAUUGAUGCUAACCUCGUCCAGAUCAUCCCGGAGGAGGUGCGGCAGCUCGACGCGACGCGCGCGGCCGUCGCGGCCUGGUCGAUCCGCCAGCUCAAGCAGCUCAUGGCGGACGUCGGCGUCGACUCGACGCGCUGCGUCGACAAGCGCGACCUCGUGGACGCGAUCGCGGCGUCCGGCCUGGUGGCGUUCGCGGCCGACGACGACGACGCGACGGCGCCGGCGGACGAGGGAGUAAGUUAAAGAAAGACACGACGUCGCGAGUCGCAUGAGCUGGUCGCAUGAACAUUAUCCGCUGAUAGUGGCGUCCGUUGUUUUCAGGCUUUGCGAAGGCAGCAGCCAGCACACCGUAAGCGGCAGUGGUGCGGCGACGGUGGGGCAGCAUGCGGUGAACGGUGGGCAAGCACCAUUCCUGAAGCCAUAUGGAGCGCCCGGCGCGGCCGCGCCGCCGCCUCCGGCGCCGCCGCGGCGCGGAGGCCGGCAACAAGGAGAAUCAGAUCCCGGCGGCGGUGCUCGCGACGUGCGCGCCGCCGUUGCGCCUCGCGGUCGAGCGCCUGAGCGGCGCCCAUGGCGGCGCCAAGCCGCGCUGGAUGAACCUCGACAGCCAGGUCAAUAGCCUGGAGGCCGUCGCAAUACUCCACGCGGCGUGCAAGGCCCAGGCGACGCCGUCGCUCGUGACGCUGUCGCUGCGCUACUGCGCGCUGCCAGCUGCUGGCGCGGAUGGACAAGACGGCGCAGAUGGACAAGAUGGUGGGGGCGGAUCCGAUGACGCGUUGGAUGCGCUCGUCGAACUCGUCAAGGCAAACGUGAAUCUCGAGACGCUCUACCUCCAGGGAACCGUGCACGAGGCCUGGAAGGACGCGCUCACAGAGGCCUGGCACGCGCGGGGCGCCUUGCACCGCAUCAGCAACGACGGGCAGACGUUCUUCCGCAAGGUCGACCUCGCCUACCUCCGGGACCGCGCGAGUCACGUGCCCGCCAAAUUUAUCCGGGCCAAGAAGUCGAAGAAGGCCCCGAAGAAGGGCAAGAAGAAGAAGUAA